CCGGUUAGCGGGGUCUCGGACUCGGCGCUGACCUUUGUCUCUUCUCUCUUGGCGAUCACAGCGUCCCAGACACGAGUGUGAGUUCCCCAUGGCAGACAGGACCCCGAACGGCCCCCAAGGGGCUGGCGCAUUGCAAUAUAUGAUGGCCAAUAAACUGGACACAGCAAUGUGGCUUUCUCGCUUGUUCACCGUGUAUUGCUCCGCUUUGUUUGUUCUGCCUCUUCUUGGGUUGCAUGAAGCAGCAAGCUUUUACCAACGUGCUUUGCUGGCAAAUGCUCUGAGGCUGCACCAAAGAUUACCUCACUUCCAGUUAAGCAGAGCAUUCCUGGCCCAGGCUUUGUUAGAGGACAGCUGCCACUACCUGCUGUAUUCUCUCAUCUUUGUCAACUCCUACCCGGUUACAAUGAGUAUUUUCCCAGUCUUAUUGUUCUCUUUGCUCCAUGCUGCCACAUACACUAAAAAGGUUCUCGAUGCAAAAGGUUCAAAUAGUUUACCUCUCCUGAGAUCUGUCUUGGAUAGACUAAGUGCUAAUCAGCAGAAUAUUCUGAAAUUUAUUGCUUGUAAUGAAAUUUUCUUGAUGCCGGCUACAGUUUUUAUGCUUUUUAGUGGUCAAGGAAGUUUGCUUCAGCCUUUUAUAUACUACAGAUUUCUUACUCUUCGAUACUCCUCUCGAAGAAAUCCAUACUGCCGGACCUUGUUUAAUGAACUGAUGAGGAUUGUUGUUGAGCACAUAAUCAUGAAACCCGCGUGCCCCCUGUUUGUGAGAAGACUGUGUCUCCAGAGCAUUGCCUUCAUAAGCAGAUUGGCACCAACAGUAGCAUAG